AUGGCGUCGCGUUUUUCCGCCUGCCGUCGCGUGCUCGCUGUGCCCCGCAGUCUCGUGUCCCAGAACAAACGGCGCUUCCAACAGGACGGGUUCGACCUCGACCUCGGAUACGUGCACCCGCGCGUGAUUGUCAUGGGGUACCCCGCCGUUGGCGUGGAAUUUCUGUUCCGGAACCCUCGCGCCGAAGUGCAGUCGUUUCUGGAGGACCGACACGCGGGCGACUAUUUCGUCUUUAACUUUUGUGACGAGCCGAAACGGAGCUACUCGCCCAGUACGUUUGAUGGACGGGUGAAGCGCUUUCCGAUUGAAGACCACAACGUCCCGUCGUUCCAGACCAUGGUGGCAUUCUGUGAAGAAGCUGCAGCUUGGCUGGAAAGUGGUAAAAACCACGUCGUAGCGCUUCAUUGCAAGGCUGGGAAAGGAAGAGCUGGAAUGAUGGCGUGCAUGCUUCUCCUACGAAUGGGGUACGCCACCACGGCGACAGACGCGAUCAAUUGCUACAACAGUGAGCGAGUGCGCGAUCACCGCGGACUCACAGUUGUGAGCCAGAAAAAAUGGGUGGCCUACUAUGCAGCUUUGCGAGUACAAGCGUCGGUGCCUCGGAACAAUAUUUGCGCGGAGCCGACAAUUACUGUCCACAAGCUGACGCUAAAUAACACGCUGACAGCGACGAAGUUGCCAAGGUUGCGACUACGCAUCUUCACGUUAGCCUCGAACGGGCUAUCUAAGACGCUGGUUCAUCAAGAGAUCGGCUUCCAUGAGUUCGAGCUGCGCCUAGGGAUUCGCGGCUGCGUCAUGAUUGAGUUUCGCCGCGAGCGCAUCAAUGGAUGCGUGCGGGCCAAGCACUUCAAAGUCUGGUUCAACACUCAUUUCCUCAAGCUAGGAGAAACUGGGCGUGUGGCGUUUUCUCGAUCUGAAAUGGACUGGACUGCUCAAGAUAAGAAGUAUCACCGUCUUCCUGCUGCCUUUGAGCUAACGAUGAUUGUGUCGAAGUCGAACUCUGCGUGA